UCCGCUGGCUGUCCCCGUGGUGGUGACAUCCCGGUUGUAGGCUUGAUUCGGCAGCUGUCCUGGGGUCUUCUUGCAGUCAUGAAGGACGUACCCGGCUACCUACAGCAGAGCCAGAGUUCCGGACCCGGGCAGGCCGCCGUAUGGCACCGUUUGGAAGAGCUCUACACGAAGAAGUUGUGGCAUCAGCUGACGCUUCAGGUGCUUGAUUUUGUGCAAGACCCGUGCUUUGCCCAAGGAGAUGGCCUCAUUAAGCUUUAUGAAAACUUCAUCAGUGAAUUUGAACACAGAGUGAACCCCCUGUCAUUGGUGGAGAUCCUUCUUCAUGUUGUCAGACAGAUGACGGACCCAAAUGUGGCGCUCACUUUUCUGGAGAAGACUCGAGAGAAGGUGAAAAGCAGUGAGGAAGCAGUGAUCCUGUGCAAGACAGCAAUUGGGGCGCUAAAGCUGAACAUUGGGGACCUGCAGGUUACGAAGGAGACAAUUGAGGAUGUCGAAGAGAUGCUCAAUAACCUGCCUGGGGUGACGUCUGUCCACAGCCGCUUCUACGAUCUGUCCAGCAAAUACUAUCAGACCAUCGGGAACCAUGCAGCCUAUUACAAGGACGCCCUGCGCUUUCUGGGCUGCGUUGACAUUAAGGACCUGCCAGUGUCGGAGCAACAGGAGAGGGCUUUCACACUGGGGCUCGCGGGACUGCUCGGUGAAGGCGUGUUUAACUUUGGAGAGCUUCUCAUGCACCCCGUGUUGGAGUCGCUGAGGAGCACAGACCGGCAAUGGCUUAUCGACACCCUCUAUGCCUUCAACAGUGGCAACGUUGAAAAGUUUCAGGCCCUGAAGACUGCCUGGGGCCAGCAGCCUGACUUAGCUGCUAAUGAAGCCCAGCUUCUGCGGAAGAUCCAGCUGCUGUGCCUCAUGGAGAUGACUUUCACACGGCCUGCCAACCACAGACAGCUCACUUUUGAGGAAAUUGCCAAAAGCGCCAAGAUCACCGUGAACGAGGUGGAGCUGCUGGUGAUGAAGGCACUGUCAGUGGGGCUGGUGAGAGGCAGCAUCGACGAGGUGGACAGGCGCGUCCACAUGACCUGGGUGCAGCCCCGCGUGCUGGACCUGCAACAGAUCAAGGGCAUGAAGGACCGCCUGGAGCUCUGGUGCACAGACGUCCGCAGCAUGGAGUUGCUGGUGGGGCACCAGGCCUACGACAUCCUCACCUAG